CAAACUAUAAAUUUCCUCCCGUUACUCUCUCCAGAGUCCAGAAAGAAUUCGCCGGUACCGUAAUGGAGGAUCAACUACAGUCUAAGAAACCAAACCCUAACCCUAAUCCGAAUAAGAUAUCAAAUUCAACGAAUGCAAAGAAGAAUAAGAAGAGCGAAUUCGAGUUCUGCAAAGUUUGCAACCGAAAUCACGACGAAGGGCAGCGACACAAGUACUUCCCAAGCCACAAGAAGUCACUUUCUAAUUUUCUCUCUAAAUUCAAAACAAAAAUCACGGAAAUUCGGUUCUUCUUGAAGAACCCUACCAUUUUCUGCAAUGAACACGCCUUUCGUAAUCGCUUUUGGUGCGUUUUUUGCGACUCCGAUAUCGACGAGCUCGGCAGCUCCUUUGCUUGUGAUAAUGCAAUUAAUCACCUAGCGAGUGCGGACCAUUUGAAGAAGUUGAAGCACUUCUUGUGGAAAUACGGCGGUGGAAUGGAUCGCGUGGAUGCUUUUAGGAUUUCGGAAACUGAUUUAGCGAAGUGGGAGAAGAAGUGCAAAUCAUUGGAGACUGGAGCUGCACCCUCUGGUGAAGGAUCACGGGGACGACUCUUUGGACCUUCAAAUGAUAUCCACAAUGAACUCAGCUUUGAAAAUAUGAAUAACUUUGAAAACAAUAAUAUUCACCCUCUUAAUUCAAAUAUUUCAAGUGGUGUUAUACCUUUACAGUUUCAUACAAAUGAGUAUCAGGUAUCCCAUUCUGGACUCUCUGAAGUUGCAAAUAUUGGUUCGCGGCUGCAUGUUGUUACAUCUUCCAUGCUUGGAGAUGCUUCCUCUGGUUCAAUUUUAUGGAAUUCAAAUGGCUUGAUGGUCUUUGCCAUCUACUAUUGUUUGCAUCGUCUAGUUAACAGGAAUAACCUUUGUAAUGGCACAAACUGCUCAGACAAUGUCUACCUUUGUAGAGAAGAGGUGUAUCAGGUGUCUCAAGAUGAAACAGUUGUUAAUAGAGAGAUCAAUUCUCAGGGUUUGCAGAAUAUAACUCAAAUUUCUUCUAUGGCUCCACAAGAGGCUGCAGGAAAUGUGCAUUCUGGGGCACCUCCUCCAUGGCUUGAAGCAACUGAAGGAGAUCAGCUAAAACAAGUUUUUAGUGGCUUCGUUUCUUCCAAUAAGUCUGGGAAGUCUAAGUUGAACCCAAAAAGGGUGGGAGCUGCUUGGGCAGAAAAGAGAAAGAUGGAGAUGGAAAUGGAGAAGAGAGGAGAGAUUGCUAAGAGUGAGUUUGAUUCUAACUGGCUUCCUAAUUUUGGUAGAGUAUGGCAAUCAGGUACUCGGAAGGAAUCUAGAAAAGAAUUUGAGAUUGAGAAACAAAAACAACCAAAAGCUCAAAAUCACACUGAGACGCCAAUGAAGAUUCAGCCUUAUAUCAGCAAACGAAUGGUGAGCAUUGCAUCCCCAUAUGCUUUUUAAUUAAGCGAAGAGAUGCAAACGAAGAUUGUGGUGGUGAUCCUUGUGUGAAUGAAUGAUGAGUUUUUUAUGAUUUCCUUUUUCGGGAGGAUUCCUUGUGUAUUCCUACUAUUAUCUGGUAUCCAAGUUUGUCUUAGAUCCAACAGAAGAAAAAUUUUGGGGGCGUAAAAGUGAUUGUGGUGAAUGGCACAAUCCAGAAUUAGGAUGUCAGUGCUAUUGAUUAUAGGAUGAAACAGGAGCAGUAAAGCUGUUGUUUAUUCAGAUGCAUCUUGUUACCAUAUUUUUGAUGUAUAAAAGAAAGGGGCGUUUUGAACAUUUCUAACCAAUGUAAUGUAAAUGGCUGUUCUAUCCUGACUUGCACCUUGAAAUUGUGAGCUAUGACACAAUUUCAAUUUUUAAUGUUUUGAAGGGCCAGGAUGAAUGACCCUUAUUUUUAAA